AACAGCCCCUAAAUAUAGGGACUACAACCUCUUCUUUACAUCUUAGUUUUUUUAGAUGGACUAAUUUGACAAAAAUAUGGCCGUUGGACCGUUGCUCUAUUUAAACAGACAUCUAUUCCUUUCCCAUUAACGUCUCUCUGUAAAAAAGAAAAAAGAAAAGAAAAGAAAAGCUCGAAUCAGUUCUUCGAGUCCUUCUCCGGCAAGAACAGAAAUGUCAAAUUCAAGAUCAAGCCUUCUUCCAUCUUCUCCGCCAUCAACCACCACCAGCAGCAGCGCCGCGAGCAGCGAUUCCGACGAAAGCCCGCCGUCCCGGCCUUCAUCGGCGGCCGACGAGUGCCGCCAUUUCAAGAAUCAUCCAAGACCACCGCCGCCGGCCGAACCACCGUCGUUGUCGUCGUACAAGUGCCUGGCGGUCUUAUCGGGGCACGCGGGAUCGGUGUCCUGCAUUUCCCUGUGCGGGGAGUUCAUCCUCAGCGCAUCCCAGGGGAAGGACAUCACGGUGUGGCAGCAGCCCGAUCUGCGGCCGUUCGCCAGGUUCGGGCAGGGGGACGGGUCGGUGAAGGCGGUGUUGACGGUGGGGAACAGAGUGUUCACGGCGCACCAGGACAGCAGGAUCAGGGUGUGGAAGGUUUCUUCUUCUUCUUCUUCUCCCUCGUCGGAGUCCGGGAAGGAGGAGGAGAACGCUUUCCGGCUGGUGAACAGUCUUCCGACGAGGAAAGAUUAUCUGGGCAGGUUCUUGAAGCAGAGUAACUAUGUCCAGACCAGAAGGCAUCACAAGAAGCUCUGGAUCGAACACGCCGAUAGCAUCUCUUGUUUGGCUGCUCACAAUGGCUUCCUCUUUUCAGGUUCUUGGGACAAGACGCUCAAGGUGUGGAGGGUAUCCGACUUGAAGUGUCUGGAGUCGAUCAUGGCGCACGACGACGCGAUAAACGCGCUGCAGGUCGCGUCGGACGGGACCCUCUACUCGGCUUCCGCGGACGGGAAGAUCAAAUCCUGGAGAAGAGAAGGAGCCAAACACGCCCUGAAUGGGGUUUUGGAAGGGCACAAAGAUGUUUCAUUGAAUGCAAUGGUGGUGGUUUCAGGUGGUGGUUUUGUGUAUGGGGCAGGGUCAGAUGGGUAUGUGAUAGGGUGGGGGCAAAACAGUCAUAAUAAUAGUAAUAAGAAGAGGGUGGUUUGUGAGGUGAAGGCACAUGAAAUGUCUGUUUUGUCCCUGUGUGUCAUGGGGGGGUUCCUGUGCAGUGGCUCAGCUGAUAGGAGCAUUGGGAUAUGGAAGGUGGGAGGGGAUGGAGGGCUUUUUAGGGUAGGAAUUAUUAAGGGACAUGAAGGGGGUGUUAGAUGUUUGCAGGCCUCCCCUGUUUGUGUUGGGGGUGGCUUUAUGCUGUACAGUGGGAGUCUUGAUAGGACCCUUAGGGUAUGGUGGGUCCCAAACUACUGCCCUUCUGGAGGGUCUACGCAGAAAGUUUGUGUGAGUCAAAGUGUUGACUCCCACAAUCCCAUACAGAAGAAGAACUACUGUCCUUGGAAGAUUUUUGAUGCUGUGGAGAGUACAUAAUUGUGGUUUCAUAUGUAUUGCAUGUGCUCACAUUUGUUUGUUUUUUUACUCGUGUGUUGAUUUUUUUUAUUCUUGGUUUUUUUUUCAUGAUUUGUUUUGUACCUAAUGCAUUGUAACUUGUACCUAAGUGAUUUUGACAUUAAGGAAUGUCUUGUUCUUUGUUAUCUCUUCCUUCAAAAGUACUCCCUUCGUCUUAAAAAGAAUGGGACGGUUUGACUUUUUGGAAAAUUAAGGGAGAGAUAUUUU